GAGUCGUGGACAAACUUGCACAGGAACUGCUGAAGUUGAGAUCCAGAAAUGGCAACACAGGAGGAAUUCUUCGCUGGCAUUCCCAAGAUCCCAUACUUACCCAAUGCUGGGCCUGGAGAUGUCAUGUGCUUCAAGCACUACAAUGCAGAGGAGGUGCUGAUGGGGAGGAAGAUGGAGGACUGGCUGAGGUUCUCAGUCUGCUACUGGCACUCCUUCUGUGGCACUGGAGCUGAUCCUUUUGGGUCUCCGACCCUCCACAGGCCCUGGAAUGAAGGAACUCCUAUGGAAUCAGCCAGGAAGCGACUCCGGGCUGCUUUUGAGUUUUUCACCAAGCUUGGUGUGAAAUACUACACAUUUCAUGACAGAGAUAUGGCUCCUGAGGGCUCCACCCUGGAGGAGUCUAACAGGAAUCUGGAUGAAAUUACAGACCUGGCUCUCCAGCUGCAGAACCAGACUGGAAUCAAGGUGCUGUGGGUCACCUGCAACCUCUUUGCCAACCAAAGGUACAUGAAUGGUGCAUCCACCAACCCUGACUGUCAUGUUCUGGCGUAUGCUGGCGCUCAGGUUAAGAAGGGGCUUGAUAUUGCCAAGAAACUGGGUGCUGAAAAUUUUGUGUUUUGGGGAGGAAGGGAAGGUUUCCUUUCGGUCCAUAAUACUGAUGUUGCUGCUGAACUGAAGCACAUGGCCAACUUCUUCAAAAUGGCUGUCAAGUACAAAGAGAAGAUUGGAUUGAAGUGCCAGUUUCUUAUUGAACCCAAGCCUAAGGAGCCCUGCAAACACCAGUAUGACUAUGAUGCCAUGAGUGUUGUAGGAUUCCUGAAGCAUUAUGGUCUGGAGAGUCACUUUAAGUUGAACAUCGAGCCCAACCACACCACCCUGGCAGGACACUCAUACGAACACGAUGUUGUCAUGGCCUCUGCGUUUGGCAUGCUGGGUUCAGUGGACUCAAACACUGGCUCUCCUGACCUGGGGUGGGACACAGACCAGUUCCCCAUGGACAUCAAAAAUACCACCCUGGUCAUGAAGACCAUCAUUGAACAAGGUGGUCUGCAGCCAGGAGGCCUGAACUUCGACGCUAAGGUGCGUAGGGAGUCCACAGACCUGGAGGACCUGUUCAUCGCUCACAUCGGAGCAAUGGACAGCUUUGCAAGAGGACUCAGAAAUGCUGUUCACAUUAUUGAGGAUGGGCUCAUCGCUGGUAUGGUGAAGGAGCGAUACUCAAGCUUCAGUCAUGGCCUUGGACAGAGAGUGGAAGAUGGUUCGGCCUCUUUGGAGGAAAUGGAGGACUUCAUCAAGCAGAACGGUGAGCCAAAAGUAACAUCAGGGAAGCAAGAAAAAUAUGAAUCCAUCUUUAAUCACUACAUAUAAUAAAAGCAUCACUCUCCUGUGUCUGCAUAUGACACUAUGACCUCCGACCUUAGAUAGAAGCUGUUCUGCUUUAGUAAUGGCGAUGAAACACAUCAGUGUCAAACAGUAUUAGAAAGGUAAAGCACUUUAUUAAUCUCACUGGGAUUAAGAAAUACAUUUACUUGCAGUUUUUUCACACAUUGAAAAAUAUUAUGUUGAACAAUGUAAGUAGAAAUAUUAACAUGUCUGACAGAGUUAUUCAAUGUUACAUUGAGGGGAUCUUUAUCAGUACUUGGUGCUACAAUUUUGACAGAUCAUGUGGUUUUUAACACACGGAGAUAUUCAUGUUAGCUGAUGACCACUGAUAUUCACUUUGUAAUUAAACACAGUUUCAUAAUGCAGUUGAUGAGUGAUCAUGUUUAUCUUUAUACAACCCAGUCUACACCGAUUCAAUGUGAUACAGACAUCUAUCUGUAGAUGGAUAGAGGAAGUAUGAACACACAAAGAAUACCUGUCUGUCAUUCCUAUAUCUGCUAUGUCUAGUUAUAUACCCCUCUAUAUAUUAUAAUUCAUUCCAUGGCUUUUUAUUUAUGGAUACAUGAUUUCUAAUUGGCCCCAAUUUGACUGUAUGUUUCAUUAAUAUAAGUCUAAGGAUCCUGUGUAGCCUAUUGAUCCCUUAUGAGAGUUAGUUUACUUGGAUUUAUGCUUAUAAUACAUUUGUGAAGUUUUGUUUAAUUACUUAUUAAAUUUGAAAUAGAUCUUUAGUUUUGGGUUGAGAAAGAAAAUGACUGAGUGGGUUGCAAUGUGUUUACAGGUUGUAUUUUUUGUAUGAUAAAUAAUCUUGUACAUACUUUCCUGGAAAACGCUGUUAAUUACCAUAAUAGUACAUUUUGACAUUUUGAAAUUCAACAUUUUGUAU